AUGGAACUCUUAUGUUCAUUUUGCGGCCAAGACUUAGACAUCUGUGUAAGAUGGCCUCGCUUGAUUCCAAAUACUGGAGAUACUAUUUGCUAAUUGUGUGUUUAACAAAUAGUUGACCAAACCAUUGAGGCUGAUAGGAUUAUACAUUUAUAACAUGAUUUGUCCUAAGUAGUGUUUUGCCUUUUACAUUAGUUGUAACAAAUCAAAUAAAACUAAUUGAAACUAGAUGACUUCCCUCUCAAUCAGAGCCUGUUGCGAAUUCUGUAAUUAUAAAAACCUAAGAAUCUACGACCAAUAAACUUAGAAUCGAAAAUGAGUAAUCAAACCUUUGAAGAAUGGCCAUCAGAUGAAACAAGUAUCGACAGUAACUUCUUGGAUGACUUGGCUACUUCUGUUAAGAAACCCUAGAAAUUGAAUUUAAAACGAUUCCGAGAUCAAGACGAUAGUUUUGGCUCUCUAAAUUACUCUUAUAAUUCUGGGAAAUUGUGUCAAACCCAUCGCAGACAACUCGAAGUUGUUUGUCUCCAAUGCCAAACUAUGAUUUGUACAAAUUGUGCUCUCUUUGGAACUCACAAGGGUCAUUACAUCUAUAGCGAAGAGGAUAUCAUUUCACUUCUGGAGAUGAAGGCCUAGGAACUUACAGAGAUGGUUGAAAGAAUUCAUAAAGAAUCCCAGUCCAUUUCCAGAACCAAACAUGAAUCGGAUCUGUAAGCCUAAGUAUCAGAAAUGCAACGAAUUGCCGUCGAUAAGUUGAAGAAGGAAUUCGGGGAGUUGAGAGAUAAAAUAGAUUAAAAAGAAAAGAUUUUAGUGUCUCAAAUAAUGAUUGCUACAUCCAAUAAUAUCAAUAAGUUUAGUGAUUGGUGGAACAAUACUAUCCAUAUAGAGAAGGAAUGCCAAUCUUGGAUCAAAUUAGCAUAAAGUGCUUUUGAGUAAUUCACAGAAUAGGUUAAAUAUUGGGAAUUACUCAAUCUAACCGAUAGUUUGAGAGCCAAUGGACUUCAACUCUAAUAGUAAGAAGAAAUCAAGAAAAACCAGUAAUAAAUUAUAGCCAAAAGGGAUUAACUGAUUGGUUUAGAAAUUAAUGUUAAAUUUAAUUGGAAUGCUUUAAAAUUGGAAGACUUUUGUAAAAUAAUUGAAGGUCCUGAGUUGAUCACCAGCAAUAAUAAUAAUUAAUCUCAAUAAUCACCCUAUCUACUGAGUUCAUUUACUAUGCAAUAAUCCAUCGAAGAAACUGAUUUAUUAAAUGAUGUAAGUGCCACAUUUGCAAAUGAAGCAGAGCCUGUUAAUCAAAUCAAAAGGGUUUACAGGAGUGCCACUCCAACAAAUCAAUUGAACACUGAAAAUUGUGAUCCUUCUUUAUCACCAAUUGAAAGCAAUAGAGCUUCGAUUUGCAGAAAGAAAUCUUAAGUGCCAAUGAAAUUACAAUUGUACAUGGAUGAAUUAAGGAAGGGGAAGACAGAUGUGGCAGAAUUCAAUAAUCUAGAAAAAGAUAUGUUGGCAAUUCUGGGGAAUGAAAUUAAACAUUGGAAGGUCAAAAGUGUGAAAAUCAUGAAAUCCAAAUUGUUGGAUGAUCAACUCUUGCAAUUAUUUAAGGGUAUUUAUACAUUUAUUGAUUUAUUUAAAAUAGCUUUGUCAUAGAAUGAUAAUAUUCAGAGUGUAAAUUUAUCGCAGAACUCAUUAACUGAUAAAAGCAUCGAUACGUUAUUCUAGUUAUAUUAAAAUGGAUUGAUUGGCAUUCAUCUUAAGAAUAUCAUAGUAUCAUAAAACAAGAUUAAUGCCAGAAAUGUAAAGUAGAAGAUAGCUGAUUUUAAGAAAUUGGGUUUGAUUAUAACAUUAUGA